CAAUCACGUUGCUCCGCUUCCUCGGUCCUUCCUGAUUUCGUGCCUUUAUCGGGACCGGAGCGUCACGAGCGCCUUCUCUGCCUGUACGCGCGCGAGAGAGAGACAGCACCGUCCUUGCACACAGUUAGGCCGGAAAGAACCAGAACCAGAACCAUGUCCAUCCUGAAGAUUCAAGCUCGUGAGAUUUUUGACUCUCGUGGCAACCCCACAGUAGAGGUUGAUCUCUACACCAGGAACGGGCUUUUCAGAGCUGCGGUGCCCAGCGGCGCUUCCACCGGCAUCUAUGAGGCUCUGGAGCUGCGCGACAAUGACAAAACCCGCUACAUGGGCAAAGGAGUCAAAAGAGCAGUUAAAUAUGUAAAUGAAUUCUUGGCCCCUGCAUUGUGUAAUCAGGAUGUGAGUGUUCUGGAGCAGGAGAAGAUUGACAAGCUGAUGCUGGACAUGGAUGGCACAGAAAACAAGUCUAAGUUUGGUGCUAAUGCCAUCCUUGGCGUCUCCCUGGCUGUGUGCAAGGCUGGUGCAGCAGAGAAGGGCGUCCCCCUGUACCGCCACAUCGCUGACCUCGCUGGCAACCCUGAAGUCAUCCUUCCCGUCCCUGCUUUCAAUGUCAUCAAUGGUGGAUCCCAUGCAGGCAACAAGCUGGCUAUGCAGGAGUUCAUGAUCCUGCCUGUAGGUGCCAGCAGCUUCAAGGAGGCCAUGCGUAUUGGUGCUGAGGUCUACCACAACCUGAAGAACGUCAUCAAGGAGAAAUAUGGCAAGGAUGCCACCAAUGUUGGAGACGAGGGAGGCUUCGCACCCAACAUUCUGGAGAACAAGGAAGCUCUGGAGCUGCUGAAGAAUGCCAUCGCCAAGGCUGGAUACACCGAUAAGAUUGUGAUUGGCAUGGAUGUGGCUGCCUCCGAGUUCUAUAAGGAUGGAAAGUACGACCUGGACUUCAAGUCACCUGCCGACCCAAGCCGCUGCAUCUCCGGGGACAAGCUGGCUGACCUCUACAGGAGCUUUGUCAAAGAUUACCCUGUGGUGACCAUUGAGGAUCCAUUUGACCAGGAUGACUGGGAGGCAUGGACCAAAUUCACUGCCAGCACCGACAUCCAGGUGGUGGGUGAUGACCUCACUGUCACCAACCCCAAACGCAUUGCCAAGGGUGUAGCUGAAAAGGCCUGCAACUGCCUGCUGCUGAAGGUCAACCAGAUCGGCUCUGUGACGGAGUCCCUGCAGGCCUGCAAGAUGGCCCAGAGCAACGGCUGGGGUGUGAUGGUCAGCCAUCGCUCUGGAGAGACUGAGGACACCUUCAUUGCUGACCUGGUGGUCGGUCUUUGCACUGGACAGAUCAAGACAGGUGCACCCUGUCGAUCUGAGCGUUUGGCCAAGUACAACCAGCUGCUCAGGAUUGAGGAGGAGCUCGGCGACAAGGCUCGCUUCGCUGGCAAGAACUUCAGACACCCCAUCUGAGCAGGUCUUCCCUCUUGGGCCUCUGUGUGUUCAUUGCUCAUAAAUAACCCACACACACAUACGCCACGCUAGACCGCCUGCCCUGUCUGGAGGAGAUGGAAAGAAUACUGCCGAAAUCCAAGGUCCAAGUCUGUGGCGUGGAGAAACUACAGUACGCGAUAGUACAGCCACAGUUCAGCUCAUCCUCAAAUUACGCUUUAGCUCCUCCGUAGUGUUGGUCCUUGUGUUUUUUGUGUCUGUGUAGCUGUGUGAGAACUUGUUCAGUUUUGCGAGCUGUAGUGAUUCCUGGUCUUCUGAGUAUCUGAGCUACUGUAAGCUAGUAUGGCUCUGCCUCGAGUAGUGGUAAGGGUACUAAAUGUGCAGUGUAUUGCCUCUGACAAGGUCUUGUUUUGCUCUAAGUGUUGGCAGAAGUAUGUAAUAAACAAUAUAGUUUCAAA